AUGUCUAGUGAAGGACUAAAGAAAACUUUAGAGGCCAUACCAGUUCUUAAAACAAGGGCUGGACCAAGAGAUGGCGAUGAGUGGGUCACUCGUCUGAAGGAGGAGUACACGUCUCUCAUAAAAUAUGUGGAACACAAUAAGGCAAAUGACAGUCACUGGUUUCAGCUUGAAUCUAAUGCUAACGGGACCCGGUGGUUCGGAAAAUGCUGGCAUAUCCAUGAGAAUAAGAAGUAUGAGUUUGACGUGUGCUUUGAUAUUCCAGUUGCUUAUCCAGUGGCAAUACCUGAAAUAAUGAUUCCCGAACUCGAUGGAAAGACGGCAAAAAUGUAUCGCGGUGGGAAAAUUUGUCUUACUGAUCACUUCAAACCCCUUUGGACUCGCAACGUUCCUAAAUUCGGCAUCGCACAUGCCAUGGCGCUCGGGCUGGGUCCUUGGCUUGCCGUUGAAAUAGCUGGAUACUUAAAUCUGCUUGCAAAUUCAGUCGACAAUUUCUCUCAUGGAGUAUCACUGGGAGCCAGUUUUUCUAUUUCAGUUCGGUCUGGUCUCGUUGCUACGUCAUGUUUGCUUAUUCAUGAAGUGCCACAUGAAGUAACUGACUUCAUAAUUCUCCUUCGAAGUGGAUUUUCUCGAUGGGGUGCCAUUAAGGCUCAGGUAAGCAAAUUUCGAAACUUUAAACCGCGGUUUAGCAACUGA